AUGGUAGGAGAUAUAAAUGAAGACCAGCUGAAUUGUUCGAAUCAUAAACUUCGCGACGUGUUAUUACUGAACAAUAUGACCAACGUUAUUCAGGUACCAACUCGUGUUACACCAACUACCAGUACAUUAAUUGAUCCUAUAGCAACAACAAAUAACAUUCAUGUUUUAGAUUCGGGAAUUUUCGAAACACCAAACGAGAUAAGUGAUCAUUUCGAACAAGAAGUUACCGAUAUAUUAGAUAAUCUUAUCAUCAAUAAAGCUUCGGGUCCCGACGAAAUUAGUCAUAGAAUGUUGAAAGAAACAUCUAAAUCAAUAUGCAAACCUCUUUGUUUACUCUUUAAUCGAUCUUUAAAUGACAAUAUGUACCCAUCUAAUUGGAAACUUGCUCAUGUUAUGCCUUUAUAUAAGAAAGGAAAUAAAGAUGAAGCAUCUAAUUACCGACCAAUAUCACUAAUAAGUUGUGUCGGAAAAUUGCCUUAUUCGGGUAACAAUGAAAAACAAGUUACUGGGAAUGGCAAGGCCCUCGCAAGUAGGGAGUCAGGGCCUAAUCCUCGA